GGGCUGUGGCAGCUCCUGCAGCAGAGGCGGCGGCAGCAGCGGGACGCGCUGCUCCUGCGAAGGAGGCGCCUGCCGCCGGCCUCGCCGCGCUCGCGCAGCCCCAGCCCCGGCCCCGGCCCCAGCCCGGCUCGGACCGCGGCACUGCGGGCAGCGGCGGCGGCGGCGGCGGUGGUGGCGGCGGCCGCGGCCACGGGAAGCUUUCUUUUGCCUCGCCCGCCUCCCCGGGCCGCGCCGCUCCUGCCGCCGCCGCCGCAGCUCCCGCUGCCGCAGCCGUCCCCUCCGGCUCAGUCUCUUACAUCGGGCCCCCAGCCGGGCCGCCGCCCCCGGCCGGGUCUCCUCCACUUCCCCACCGCUCCUCCGAUGACACCAUCCUCCGCUCGAAGAUGGCUACGAAGGGCGCGCACGGCACCCACCUGAAGCUGGAGAGCGAGCUGGAGCGCUGCCGCGCCGAGGGCCACUGGGAGAGGGUGCCCGCCCUCGUCUAUCAGAGGCAGAGCAUCCCGAUCGGUGGCUCCAGCGGCCGGCGGGCCGGCAGCCGGAGCGUCUCCCUCGCCAAGCAGGACAUCGAUGACUUUGGGAAGCUGCUUCUUGCAGAGGCCAUGCUGGAGCAAUGUUUGAAAGAGAAUGUUACUGACCUAAAAGAAUCCAUCCCUUUGGUGGAGAAGAACCAACCCAAAAUCUUUGAAGCCAAAAAGUAUCUGACUAGUAUCCUCAACAGAGGGAAAUUGUCGCCGCAGCAUAUGCGAGAGGCCAUGCUGAUCCUGGGAAAGCUGCAUUACGUGGAGGGGUACUACAGGGAUGCAGUCAGCAUGUAUGCGCGGGCUGGCAUUGACAACAUGUCUGUGGAGAACAGGCCUUUGUACCAAAUGCGGCUGGUGACCGAGGCGUUUGUGAUUAAAGGCCUCUCCCUGGAGCGCUUGCCCAACUCUAUCGCCUGCCGAGCCCGCCUCAGUGAGAGAGAAGAAGAAGCCAUCUCCUGUUUUGAAAGGGCAUCCUGGAUCGCUCAGGUGUUUCUGCAAGAGCUGGAAAAGACCACAAAUAAUAUCCAUCCAAGGAGCCUGAAGAGCAGCAGCCCAACUCUGCCCGAGUUUGAGCUGACAUACUUCCUGGAAGCAGCCCUGCAGAGCGCCUACGUGGCCAACUUACGGAAGGGGAACAUCGUGAAGGGUAUGAGUGAACUGCGGGAAGUCCUGCGGAUUGUGGAGACUAGAGCAACCCAGAACUUAAAAGUGACCGCUGCCAAGCAGCUGGCAGGGAUCCUCCUGCACUCCCUGAGUGAGGACUGCUACUGGGGGCCGCUGUCACACCCUCUGCCGGAGUUUAUGGGCAAAGAGCAGAAUUCCUUCAUCACCCAGCCUCUUAGGAGGCCUGACCUCUAUGCUGGAGACAAUCUCUUCUGCCCAAAUGACAACAUCGAGGAGGCUCUGUUGGUUCUUCUCAUCAGUGAGUCCAUGGCCACCCGGGACGUGGUUCUGAGCCGCUCACCAGAACAGAAAGAAGAUCGGACUGUCAGUCUCCAGGAUGCCUCCACAGUCUACGACCUUCUGAGUAUCACACUGGGCAGAAGAGGGCAGUAUGUCAUGCUCUCUGAGUGCCUCGAGCGAGCCAUCAAGUUUGCCUGUGAAGAAUUCCACCUCUGGUAUCAGCUGGCCCUCUCCAUGGUGGCUUGUGGGAAGUCAGCGUAUGCUGUGUCAGUGCUGAAGGAAUGCUCCAAGCUUCGACCUUGCGAUCCCACCGUGCCCCUCUUGGCUGCCAAGGUCUGCAUCGGGUCCCUGCACUGGCUGGAAGAGGCUGAGCAGUUUGCCACGAUGGUGAUCAACUUGCAGGACCAAGCUGGGGAGCUCCUCCCCAAAGGGUAUCUGGCACUGGGUCUCACCUACAGCCUCCAGGCUUCAGAUGCAACGCUGAAAUCUACACAAGAUGAAUUGAAUAAGAAAGCCCUGGAUACGCUAGAGAGAGCUGAGAGUCUGGCCCCAGAUGACCAUCAGAUCAUUCUCUAUGUUUCCCUGCAGCUGGCCCUUGUCAGACAGAUCUCUGAUGCCAUAGAGCAUCUGCAAGAGGCUCUGAAAAUAUGCAGAGAUGACGUCCACUCCCUGCACCUUCUGGCGCUCCUUUUCUCAGCCCAGAAGCACUACCAGCAUGCCCCUGGACAUCAUAACAUGGCGGUCACUGAACACCCAGAAAACUUCAACCUGAUGUUCACGAAAGCAAAGCUAGAACGCAUCUACAAAGGCCCAGACGAGGCGCUCGUGACCUGCAGAAACAUGCUGCGCCUGUGGCAGUCCUUGCACAGCGUCUCUACAGUCGGGGGCUCAGAAAAGGAUGGCAGCCUCACGGAGAUGCCAGUGCUGAAGAAGCAAGGCGGGAUGCAUUUGACCCUGCCUGAUAACUAUGAGGAAGAAUCAGGCUCUCACGCUGCUUCCUCCAUUGCAGCAUCCCGCCUGGAGGAAGCCAUGUCAGAACUGACAAUGCACACCUCAGCGAUGAGGCAGGGACCCAUGCAGAUGUGGACCACACUGGAAAGGAUCUGGCUCCAGGCAGCUGAGCUUUUCAUGGAGCAGCAGCACCUCAGAGAAGCUGGUUACUGCAUCCAGGAGGCAGCCAUCCUUUUCCCCACGUCCUUCUCUGUGCUCUACAUGCGGGGGAGGCUGGAAGAAAUGAAAGGCAAUUUGGAGGAGGCAAAACAGCUGUAUGAUGAAGCCCUGACCGUCAACCCUCACGGGCAGAAAAUCAUGCACAGCUUGGGUCUCAUGCUCAGCAGACUGGGUCGGCAGGACCUGGCCCAGAAGGUGCUGAGAGAUGCCAUCCAGAUCCAGAGCACCAGUCAUGAGGCCUGGAAGAGCCUGGGCGAAGUCCUGCAGGCCCAGGGCAAUAAUGAAGCUGCCGUGGAGUGCUUCCUCACCGCCCUGGACUUGGAGGCCAGCAGUCCCGUGGUGCCCUUCACCGUCAUCCCUCGGGAGCUCUGACUCCACCCAAGCACCCAGGGGCUCCAGGCUAAUAUAGCUGUGCCAGAGCCAGGGCGCUGACGGGCAGGGAGCACAUAGCCUUAGAGAACAUUACUCGCCCUGUCUCCCCAUGUCUGCUGGAUACUGCUCACUGAGAGCUAAGCUGGGAAUAUUGGCAUCCAAAGCAAAUUCCUUGCACCUUUGGACUCUGAGGGAAAAGAUUCAAGUUAGUCUUACAUUUGGAGGAGAGAAGGGCCGAAGCCAUCGUGUCUAUACAUUUGGAGAAGAGGGGAAAAAGGUGUCUGUACUCAAUGUGUGUGUGCACACAUGUGUGC